AUGACUGAAUUCAGCUAUCUGUCUGCUCCAAGGACUACCCCAUAUAUUUAUAGAACUGUCAUUGACGUGUUCAAUGAGACAUCAAAGGCAUAUCCGGACAAAGAAAUUCUGAUAUACCGAGGAAUAGAUGGGACCAGGGAAAUUCUGACUUACCGCCAACUACAAACGGAGGCAACAAAGUUUGCCCGUUACCUAGUGACCAAGGGAACCAAAAAGGGGGAUAAAAUUGCCCUCUUUGGGCCAAACACACUUGAAUGGGUGGUCGCUGAAUUAGCCAUCAUCAUGGCAGGCGGUGUUGUUGUUCACGUGACACUCAGCAUCACUGACGUCAGAGACUUAUGGGAAAUAUUUUCAAUUGCAGAAUGCAAAGCUUUCCUGAUUGAUCCUGGAAAAGGUGAAAAAUAUUUGGAUAUGAUUUUUCAGCUGAUUGCACUAUUUCGUCGACGACGUCCUUCAAGAGAUUACAAGGACAUAGAUUCAAACGAUCCAACUCUAGUAUUCCUAAGAAAGAGUGAACAUUUGGCAUCCUACGAAGACCUCCCUGGGGUACUACAGAUGAAAGAAGAACAAGUUGAAUUUCCCUCACUUUUCCCCGAGGAUGAAAUUAUGAUAUUUACAACAUCUGGAAGCACUGGAAAACCUAAAAUGGUGUCCCACACGCAUUUUGAUGUUAACAACGUUGAAUUAGGACCUGAAAGACCCAAGGAUAUUAUCCUGGCAGGGAAAACAUACAACGAUCGACCGUUUGCGUGGGGAGCAGGUUCUCCAAUCUUAGCUGUAUGUAAGGGGGAAACUAGAGUAUUUUGUGAUUCUUCGAUAGCCAUUGAAGGAAGCAGUGCCAUGAAGAUAUGGGAAAUAAUCAAGGAAGAGAAAUGUACCUCAGCACUUUUAAUGCCUUACUUCCUUGCAGAUCUCGUCGCCCAGAAAGAGAAUUAUAAAGAUUUGUUCAAACUUCAGGCAAUCAUCACAACUGGACAACCGAUUGACAAUCACCACACUCAUGUAAUUGGUGCAUUCACUAAGUUACUUAUUUUGGGAUACGGAUCAACAGAAUGUUCGAUGAUAUCCAUUCUUCCUCCGAUUACCUCUGUUGGUAAAAUACUUUACGGUGAUGUCGGAAAACCUAUACCAGGCACAGAGGUCAAAGUCGUUGAUGAAAAUGGCAACGUUUUGAGAAAAGGCGAAACUGGGGAACUUUGCAUUCGAAGCAGAUAUCUCUUUAAUGGAUACUACAGGAAUAAAGACUUAAACGGUGAAGCUUUCUUGUCAGGAAAGUGGUUCCGUUCCGGCGACACUGGUCACGUAAAUGAAGAGAAUCAUAUUGUGAUAGAGGGGCGGAUCAAAGAUGUCAUAUCUCGAGGUACGAGAAAAAUUAUGCCGUGCACGAUCGAAGAAAUCAUUAUGCAAAUGAAUGGUAUAAAACGUGUAGCGGUGGUGGGGGUACCUGACAAGCGUUUAUAUGAAGAAAUUUGCGUCUGCUACGUCACAGAACCAGGUAAUGACAUUUCACCAUCCAAUGUCAAGCAAUAUUGCAAAGAAAAUUUUGGGGUUUACGAAUCCCUAGAUGGGCUCGGGGAAAUGCCAGCAUACUUUCUCCGAUUCUGUAAACUCCCUAUGUUUGAAGUUGGGAAAAUCAACAAAAGGCGCGUGCGAUCCGAUGCUAUUCAACAACUCAAAACUCAAGGUCUAAUGUAG